AUGGAUGUGGAUGAGUCCUCUGUGUCCCAGGUAUCACUAGAUGAUUUAUACCUUGGGCCAGAUGAUGACAUAGGAUAUGAUUCUGCGUCAUCCAGAUCACUGGAUGUCUUGGCUGCAAUAACCAAUCAAUCACCUCUGGCUCAAGUUGAUCAUCCAGGUUCUCCCAUCAAUCCAGACUUGUAUCUCAGGCAUGAGGAUGAUAUCAUCGAUGUUGAUGAGUUGCUGGAUUCUGCUGAUCCUAAGAUUGAUGCUCUGGCUGCAUCAGAAGUGUUUAUGUCAUACAAAACAUCUACUGGACUUCAUUCCCAAUGGCCAGAGCUCACUAAUGAAGAUUUACAUUUGAUGGUCUGGGAGUUCUGA